AUGGCUCUCUGGGUGAGAAUUUUUGGCCUACCUGUUAAAUUCUUCAAGGAUUUCACUGUAGCAAAAAUUGGUAAGAUCCUUGGAGAUGUGGUCAAAGUGGACAAACUCACUAUUGGCCAAGCUAGGGGACAAUUUUCUAGAGUGUGCAUUGACAUUGAUCUUAGUAAGCCCCUGCGUCCAUUUGUCGAAGUGGAAUCCAUUGCAUAUCAAGUUGUCUAUGAAGGCAUUUCAUUGAUCUGUUUUGAGUGUGGUUGUUUUGGUCAUGCUAAAGACAAAUGCCCUACUCUUAAGGUUAAUGAUAAUACUCACUCCAAGCAACCAACUAUGAAUUAUGAUGAUGUGACUAAUCAUGCCAAAAAUGUUGAGAAUGAGGUGGCUGACGUGAGUGACGUGAGUAUGCAGCAAAGUGUCCCUCAAAAUGAUGUGAUUAAAGAGGACAUGGGUCCAUGGAUGUUGAUGAGCUACAGAAAUAAAAAGAAAAGUGGUGAUACUAGCAGUAAUAAGAAAUCUUCUGCUACUGGCUCUAGAUUUGCUGUGCUUCAAGAUGAGACUGUGGCUGAUUCUGAACUGCCUGGAAAGACUAUUGAUGACAAUAAUAAUGAACAGUCCCCUACUAUUGUGAAAUUGUAG